CAAAAUUUCCCAAACAUUAGAUAGAAUGGUAAGUCUAAAUGACUAAGAGAAUUCUUUGGUGAAUCAGCCGUUGGCCAGCGGUUUUGUUGCUGAAAGAUUGAAGGCGUAGUUGGUUUUGGCAAUACUAUUGCUAAAUUCACUCAAGAAUCUGAUCUGUUUUUUCAUUCAGAUUUUUCAUUGUAUCAAAAUUUUAUGAUUGAACAUUUGGGCGGAGAUGAUACUGGAAGAUUGAUAUUGUAAAUUUGUAAUUGCUCGACUUCUACUGUAAGCUGGUCGUUGAUUCAUUUCUUGUGUUGGAUUGGUGAUUGGGAUUUUGAGAGCAGCAGUGAAGGAUGAAGUUGAGUCCAAGAGAGGUGGACAAACUGCUUCUUCACAAUGCUGGGUUUCUUGCUCAGAAGCGUCUUGCUUCUGGGCUAAGGCUCAAUUACACUGAAGCCGUAGCCCUCAUUGCCUCACAGAUUUUGGCUUUUGUUCGUGAGGGUGAGAAGACUGUGGCGGAAUUGAUGGACAUAGGGAAACAACUUUUGGGAAGGAGACAAGUUCUUCCAGCUGUUCCACACCUCUUGCAUACUGUACAGGUUGAGGGAACAUUUCAUGAUGGGACAAAGUUAAUAACAGUUCAUGAUGCCAUUGCCAGUGAAAAUGGAAAUCUGGAUUUAGCUUUACAUGGUUCUUUUCUUCCAGUUCCUUCAGUAGACAAGUUUCCUGACAUGGAAGAUGAUAGAAUUCCUGGUGAAAUAAGAUAUGGAGGUGGAACUAUUAUGCUCAACUCUUGCAGGAAAGCAAUAGUCCUCAGAGUCACCAACACUGGAGACAGGCCGAUUCAGGUUGGUAGUCACUAUCACUUCAUCGAGGUGAACCCUGCCUUGGUCUUUGAUCGAAGGAAAGCACAUGGCAUGCGGCUCAAUAUACCAGCAGGGACAGCUACACGAUUUGAGCCAGGGGAAACAAAAAGAGUCUCACUUGUAAGGAUUGGAGGUAAGCAAGUGAUCAGAGGAGGAAAUUGCAUUAUCGACGGUCCUGUCGAUGAUACUAAUAUCACAGCAGUGAUGGAAUCCGAAAGCAUGGUGGGAUUUGGGCAUUCAGAAGAAGCAGAUGUCAGUGAAGGUGUCAUUGGAGAAGAUCCUGAUUUAGCAAUAAGAAUGUCUCAUGAGGCAUAUGCUAACAUGUAUGGCCCCACCACUGGUGACAAAAUUCGGCUUGGUGACACUGAAUUAUAUGCUGAAAUUGAAAGUGAUUUUGCUGUCUAUGGUGAUGAAUGUGUAUUUGGAGGGGGAAAAGUUAUAAGGGAUGGAAUGGGGCAGGCUUGUAUGUAUGCAGCAGCUGAAUGUGUGGAUACUGUCAUCACAAAUGCUGUGGUCAUUGACUACACUGGAAUUUUCAAGGCAGAUAUUGGUAUCAAAGAUGGUCUUAUUGUUUCUCUUGGAAAAGCAGGCAACCCAGAUAUUAUGCAUGGUGCACACAUGAUCAUUGGGGUUAGCACCGAGGUCAUCGCUGGAGAAGGAAUGAUUGUGACUGCAGGGGCCAUAGACUGCCAUGUGCACUUUAUAUGCCCUCAAUUGGCCUAUGAAGCCAUAUCAAGUGGCAUCACAACAUUAGUGGGCGGUGGAACGGGACCUGCUGAUGGAACUCGUGCAACUACUUGUACACCAGCAGCCUCACAUAUGAAAUUUAUGCUGCAAUCAACUGAUGACCUGCCACUGAAUUUUGGUUUCACAGGAAAAGGGAACAGUGCCAAACCAGACGGGCUACAUGAAAUAAUUAGGGCUGGAGCAAUGGGUCUGAAGCUGCAUGAGGACUGGGGAACUACUCCUGCUGCAAUAGAUAAUUGUUUGACUGUUGCAGAACAAUAUGACAUCCAGGUUAAUAUCCACACUGACACCUUGAACGAGUCUGGCUUUGUGGAACAUACAAUUGCUGCGUUUAAAGAUAGAACUAUUCAUACUUACCACAGUGAAGGUGCUGGUGGUGGUCAUGCUCCAGAUAUCAUCAGAGUAUGUGGUGUGAAAAAUGUUCUACCCUCAUCCACAAACCCAACACGGCCUUUCACUUCCAAUACCAUAGAUGAGCACCUUGACAUGCUGAUGGUAUGCCAUCACCUUGAUAAGGACAUUCCAGAAGAUGUAGCCUUUGCUGAAUCGCGAAUAAGAGCUGAAACAAUUGCUGCCGAAGACAUUUUGCAUGAUAUGGGGGCAAUUAGCAUUAUAGCUUCUGAUUCACAGGCAAUGGGUCGCAUCGGAGAGGUGAUAAUUAGAACCUGGCAAACUGCUCACAAGAUGAAGUUACAAAGAGGAUCACUUGAUGCUAGUGGAGUGGAUAACGACAACCUCCGAAUUAAACGAUACAUUGCAAAAUAUACUAUAAAUCCUGCAAUAGCUAAUGGGUUUUCACGAUUUGUUGGCUCCAUUGAGGUGGGGAAGGUGGCUGAUCUUGUUCUCUGGAAUCCAUCUUUCUUUGGGGCAAAACCAGAAAUGGUGAUAAAAGGUGGUGUAAUUGCAUGGGCUAACAUGGGUGAUCCAAAUGCUAGCAUCCCUACACCUGAACCGGUGAUGAUGAGACCCAUGUUUGGAGCAUUUGGCAAGGCUGGAAGUGCCAACUCUAUUGCUUUUGUCAGCAAGGUUGCUGCAGAAUGUGGAAUAAAAACCCAUUAUGGACUCACAAAGAGGGUGGAAGCUGUUGGCAAUGUGAGGAGACUAACCAAACUUGAUAUGAAGCUCAAUGAUGCUCUUCCUGUGAUCACGGUGGAUCCAGAGACAUACACAGUGACAGCAGAUGGUGUGACUCUAAGCUGCCCUGCUGCCACCACAGUUCCCCUUUCUCGGAAUUACUUCCUCUUUUAGGCAACAUUAUAACUCAUUGGGGCAUUUACUUUGCUGGUUUUCUGGAACUAAAGAAUUCACAAAAUUGAAAUAAUCAAUGACCCUACCGAAAAGAUAAUAAAAGUAUCAUUUUCAGAAUCAUGGUUGGCAUGCUGAAUAUGCCAAAUGGAUGUGUUCUGAUCUUUUA